AUGCCGACCAAAGUUACUACUCGAAAGCGAUCGCGCGCAGAAGCCGAAGCAGAGAAACCAGUUCUAUCUUCCGAGGAUGAGUUUGAGAUCCCUGAGAUCAAUGGCGACGAGGACUCUAGCGAUGAUUCCGAUUUCACUGCUGGAGAUGAGGAUAGCGAUGAGGAAGAAGAAUUUUCUAGCGGGGCAGAAGAUGAGGAAGAAGAGCAAGACAUAGACUCCGAUGAAAUCCCCUCGGAAGACGAAGCCUCCCCGAAGGAAAAUGGUACUGCCGAUCAUGAUGCUUCUGGUGACGAGGAAGCAGAACCGGCAGACAAUGUCAAAGUUGUCACUGGCGCGGAUGGAAAUCCAAGACAUAUAUAUCCCGAAAUCGAGCCAGUAUACGAUAGCGAUGACACGGAUGCCGAAGAGACAAACACAAUUGGAAAUAUCCCACUCGAGUACUACGAAAACUACCCUCACGUCGGCUAUGAUAUCAAUGGAAAGAGAAUAAUGAGGCCGGCUGCUGGGAAGGCACUGGAUACGCUUUUGGACAGCAUUGAGUUACCAAAAGGCUGGACCGGGUUGGUGGAUAAAAAUAGUGGAGCUGCACUGAAUCUUACGGAAGAGGAACUCGAGAUUGUUAAAAAGCUACAGCGGUCCGAAAUUACAGAUGAGGGCUUUGACCCAUACCCGGAUAUGGUGGAGUGGUUUAGUAGCAAGGUGGAGCAAAUGCCAUUGAGCAGCGCCCCAGAGCCAAAGCGACGCUUUGUCCCAUCCAAACAUGAGCAAAAGCGUAUCAUGAAGAUUGUGAAAGGUAUCAGGGAAGGGCGAAUCCUACCACAUAAGCCCCAAGCAGAGACCUCUCAGGAGCCUGAGUUCUAUGAUAUCUGGGCAGACGAUGCCCCACCUAAACCGGACCAUGUUAUGAAUAUUCCGGCACCGAAAUUACCUCCUCCUACACAUGAUGAAAGUUAUAAUCCGCCUCUAGAAUACCUUCCGAACGACAAGGAGAGGAAGGAAUGGGAAGAGCAGGACCCUGAGGAUCGAGAUAAAAACUAUCUCCCACGGACCCACAAGGCUCUUCGUUUAGUUCCCGGCUUCAAUGGAUUCAUAGGCGAGCGAUUCGAACGAUGUCUUGACCUCUAUCUAGCACCACGUGUGCGUCGAAAUAAGCUUAAUAUUGACCCUGCGUCAUUAUUGCCAAAACUCCCUUCACCCGAUGAUCUCAAGCCGUUCCCGACAACAUGCGCCACAGUUUAUAGAGGACAUGAAGGAAGAGUUCGGUCGGUAGCUGCAGACCCCACUGGCGUCUGGGUGGCGACUGGGGGUGAUGAUGGAACAGUUCGAGUCUGGGAGAUUCUCACAGGAAGACAGGUGUGGAAAUUAAAGGUGUCGUCCGAUGAGGCAGUUGAUUCUGUCACAUGGCGUCCAACAACAGAAGGAAGGAUUCUAGCCGCCGCCUGCGGGAACGAAAUAUUGCUCGUGGUACCCCCAAUUUUCGACUUUGAAGAAGAGACCCAAGGCAAGGAAAUUUUAAGUGCAGGGUUUGGAUACGCGGCAAAUCGGCAAGGGAAGAAGGAAGCUCCGGGCAUAUGGUCUAAACCCGACACCGCCUUGGAAGAGGAGGGUGUUGUGGUUACAAUAACCGUGAGGAAAACCGUUAAGUAUAUUGCAUGGCACCGAAGAGGAGACUACUUGGUGAGCGUUUCACCUGAAGAUGUCCGAAGAGCUGUUUGCAUACAUCGUGUUUCGACACAUCUUUCGCAAACGCCAUUCAAAGAGAAGAGUGUUACCAAGGGUAUCCCUCAAAGAGUGCAGUUUCAUCCAUCAAAACCUUUGCUUUUUGUUGCAACAAAACGAUACAUCAAGAUCUAUGACUUAGCGAAAGCCGAGUUGAGCAAAACCUUAAAGCCAGGUGCCAGAUGGAUUUCGUCAAUUGACAUUCACCCUCAGGGUGACAACCUUAUCGUUGGGUCCUAUGAUAAGCGACUGCUGUGGCAUGACCUCGAUUUGAGUACUAAGCCUUAUCGGACUUUACGGUACCAUGACAAGGGUAUACGAGCAGUCUCCUUCCAUCGUGGCGGAUUCCCGCUUUUCUGUUCGUCGAGCGACGACGGAACCGUUCAAGUUUUCCACGGCAGAAUUUAUAGUGACUUGAUGGAAAAUGCACUCAUUGUCCCCCUGAAGGUGCUAAAGGGCCACAAAAUUACUGCUCAUUUGGGUGUGCUAGACGUUGAUUGGCAUCCAAAGCAGCCUUGGUUGUUCAGCGCUGGUGCAGAUGGAACGGCGAGACUCUGGAACUAA